AAAAUAUUUUUAUAAUACUUUCUGUCACUAACAGAAUCUAAGAUUAUCAUGCUUUUAAAAUAACUCAUUCUACAUGAAUUAUAAUUUAUUAAGUUAAUUAAGUAAUUAAAUAAAAUGACAGGGUAUUUAAGGAGGGGAAAUCCCGUAUGUGCCAAGAUAAAUGGCACUCCACUUAAUAUACUAAUUGUAACCAACAAACUGGUUAACUGUAUCUCAGUUAACUUACUGUAUCAGGGCAAUUACAAUAGCUGCACACUGUGCUGGAACCCAUUUUAUAAACACGUUUCUUCUCUUUAUGAUAUAUGAAUAGACAAGGCCUGAGGCACCCUUUGUUCACAGAUUAAAAUGUUUUAAAUCAAGAUUUCCUAUCCACCCCCCACCCCGCAGUGAGUUGGUUGAAGAAUAUAGUAUCUGGGAUACAAAGGAUGAAUGUGCUAAGAAGCAAACAUAAAACAUAGAUAUCUAUCUAACAAAGUAAGCUUAAACUUAAACCCUUUAUCUUAACAAAAUAUUAUGAUUUUUAUUCACUUGAUUUUGUCUUUAUAUUAUCCUGCUAAUAGUCAAGUAGAGUAAUCAAAUCCUAUACCCUUCAGUUUCCUUAUCGGUAAAACCCCUUUCAUUUACUCUCCAAGUCUAUUACUUGGAGAGAAUAGAAUCAAAUUCUAAUACUUUUUUAUUCCUUCUGAAUUUAAUGUGGGUUCACACUGUAAAAGGAUUCAUAACAAAUCAAGAUGCCUCUUCAUUCAACUAUAUUACUAUUUGUACCAGUGUAGCGACAUAGAAACUUUCCUUUGAAAAAUAGUCUCCCUGAGACCUUGUGAUGCAGAACACCUUAACAAGCUUUUGCAUCAUCAUUAAUUCCUCCAUACUUGGAAAUAAACAAAUGUAACAAUUAUGAAUUAUAAUUUUAUGACAAUUUAUCUCCCCUGGUUAGAUUAUGCAAAGGGAAAAUGGAAUUCUUUGAAGUUACACUGAUUAGAAUGUGGGGAGAUCAGGGUAUCCUCCUGCUUUGUGCUCACAAUUACUCUAGCUCAUGCAAUAUAAUGAAGUAACCUUGUAUAUUAUGCAAUUGGAUGGAAUAACAAGGUUUGUAAAAGUUAUAUACACCUUAAAAAUAGUUUACAUUUGGACCCUUAACAAAAUAUGCUUUGACUUGAAAAUAUUAAUUUCCCAAUCAAGACGCAGGGUGGCGCUGCAGGCUAAGAGUGUGAAUAAAGAGCUGUAAAAAGCUCCGUAUUCCUUUGUUGCAAAAAGGAAUCAAAUACACGGAAGAAGCUUUGCCAGCCAUACUGGGUUACCAGCGAGUUUGGGCUGGGAUAAACGAAUUUAAGAUUAAAGGCAACUUUAUGAGGAUUCUACCAAACAAGAAACCAGAAUUUAGUAUCUCCAGUUUUUUUUGUGGUUGCUAGGAAGGUUUGGAUGUAAGCGCCCGGACUCCAACAUGAAGACGCCAGAGAGAAUUCAACCAAACAGGCAAGUGGUGGCCUUUAUUUUGAUGGUGUUCUUGUCCCAGGCUUGCCCUGAGCCUAUUCGUUAUUCUGUGAUAGAAGAAACAGAGAGUGGCUCCUUUAUAGCCCAUCUGGCCAAAGAUCUGGGCCUGGGAAUUGGGGAACUGACCGCUAGGUCAGCCCGGGUGGUGUCUGACGAUGACAAGCAGCGCUUGCAACUGGAUCGUCAGACUGGAGAUUUGCUUUUGAGGGAGAAAAUAGACCGGGAAGAACUAUGUGGCUCUGUUGAACCGUGUGUACUGCAUUUCCAAGUGUUGCUGGAAACGCCGGUGCAAUUUUUUGAAGGAGAAUUAUCAAUCCAGGACAUAAAUGACCACUCCCCAGUAUUCCCGACUGGGGAAAUGCUCUUGAAAAUACCGGAGAACAGCCAGCCAGGGACUCUGUUUCCGUUGAAAUUAGCUCAGGAUUUGGAUGUGGGUAGCAAUGGCCUUCAAAAGUACACUAUCAGCCCCAAUUCUUAUUUUCAUGUUCUAACUCGAAAUCAUAGUGAGGCCAAGAAAUACCCAGAUUUGGUGCAGGACAAAGCGCUGGAUCGAGAGGAGCAGCCUGCGUUCAGCUUAACCCUCAUAGCACUGGAUGGUGGAUCUCCACCUAAGUCUGGCACCAUCACGGUGCGAAUCCUGAUCACAGACGUCAAUGACAAUGCUCCAGAGUUUGUGCACACCCCAUAUGAAGUACAGGUCUUGGAAAACAGCUCCCUAGAUUCCCCAGUACUUAGUGUCUCAGCUAAAGAUAUAGAUUCUGGAAACUUCGGGAGUGUUUCCUACGGCUUUUUCCAAGCAUCAGAUGAAAUUAAACAAACUUUCUCAAUUAAUGAAGUCACAGGAGAAAUCCGACUGACAAAGAAAUUGGAUUUUGAACACAUUAAAUCUUACCACGUAGAAAUUGAGGCCAUAGAUGGCGGAGGCCUUUCUGGAAAAGGCACUGUAGUCAUACACGUGGUGGAUGUGAACGACAAUGCCCCUGAGCUUACAAUAUCUUCACUCACCAACUCCAUCCCAGAAAAUGCUCCUGAGACUGUAGUGUCUAUCUUCAGAAUUCGAGAUAGAGACUCUGGAGACAAUGGAAAGAUGAUUUGCUCUAUUCCAGAUAAUUUGCCGUUCCUUCUAAAACCGACUUUCAAGAAUUUCUACACGCUGGUAACGGAGAGUCCCCUCGACAGAGAGAGCAGAGCCGAAUACAACAUCACUAUCACCGUCACUGACUUGGGGACCCCCAGGCUGAAAACGCAGCACAACAUAACCGUGACGGUCUCCGACGUCAACGACAACGCCCCCGCCUUCAGCCAAACCACCUACACCCUGCGCGUCCGCGAGAACAACAGCCCCGCCCUGCACAUCGGCAGCGUGAGCGCCACGGACAGGGACUCGGGCGCCAACGCCCAGGUCACCUACUCGCUGCUGCCGCCCGCGGACCCGCAGCUGCCCCUGGCCUCCCUGGUGUCCAUCAACGCGGACAACGGGCAGCUGUUCGCGCUCAGGUCCCUGGAUUACGAGGCGCUGCGGGCGUUCGAGUUCGGCGUGCGCGCGGCCGACCGCGGCUCGCCCGCGCUCAGCAGCCAGGCGCGGGUGCGCGUGCUGGUGCUGGACGACAACGACAACGCGCCCUUCGUGCUGUACCCGCCGCAGAACGGCUCUGCGCCCUGCACCGAGCUGGUGCCCAGGGCGGCCGAGGCGGGCUACCUGGUGACCAAGGUGGUGGCGGUGGACGGCGACUCGGGCCAGAACGCCUGGCUGUCGUACCAGCUGCUCAAGGCCACGGAGCCCGGGCUGUUCGGCGUGUGGGCGCACAACGGCGAGGUGCGCACGGCGCGGCUGCUGAGCGAGCGCGACGCCGUCAAGCACAGGCUGGUGGUGCUGGUCAGGGACAACGGCGAGCCGCCGCGCUCGGCCAGCGUCACGCUGCACGUGCUGCUGGUGGACGGCUUCUCGCAGCCCUACCUGCCGCUCCCGGAGGUGGCGGCGGCCGAGGCGCGGGCAGACCCGCUCACCGUCUACUUGGUCGUCGCCUUGGCGUCCGUGUCGUCGCUCUUCCUGUUCUCGGUGCUGGUGUUCGUGGCGGUGCGGCUGUGCAGGCGGAGCCGGGCGGCGUCUGCGGGUCGCUGCUCGGGGCCCGAGGGCCACUUUCCGGGCCACCUGGUGGACGUCAGCGGCGCGGGGACGCUGUCCCAGAGCUACCAGUAUGACGUGUGUCUGACGGGAGACCCUAGGACUGGUGAGUUCAAAUUCCUGAAGCCGGUAUUUCCCAACCUCUUGGUUGAAGACACUGAGAGAGAAAUAAAAGAAAACCCCAACUGCAGGAAUAGCUUUGUAUUCAGUUAAGGAUUGUAUUUGGUCAAGUCAGCCUCUCCUUAAUUUUGGUCAACCUAACUCCCAUUGCAACACCUUUCUUUUAAAAAAAAUUUGUUGUCUAAAUAUGUACACCUCUAUUCCAACCUAUGCGUGUCCCUGAUUGUGCCAAAUUUUUCUCCUUUUAUUAAUAUUCAUUGGACUUGGCAUUUUUAGUUAACUGAUUAAGUAUGUAUAUUCUCCAUAUUUGACCUUCUCUUGGUGAUUAAUCUUUCCAUAACUAUAAAUUACUCAAGUAGCAUAAGAAGAAAUUUUAUUUAAAUCGACUUCUUAAUGUCUUAAAGCUUUUAUGUAAUUAUGCAUUUCUCUAUAUUUGUGGUGUUCGUCUUUACCGUUAACUUUAUCUGUAGAGUGUUUGAAAUACCUAGGCUUUGUUCAUUGCUCUCCAGGCUCCUCCCUGAAUAACCAUAAGCAUAUAACUUAUUUGUUUCUCUCAGAUUGUACAUAAACAUGCACUUCCAUUAAAAUAUUAAUACACUAAAAUUGUGACUUUCUGUUGUGCACACCAUGUAUGCUAGAAUUUAAAAAAUGUAUUUGAUCGAUACUUACAUGGUACACUGUAUGUAUUCCAUAAAUACUAAUAAUAAAUUUUAAAAAUUAUUCUCAUAAAUAACUGAAGAGAAAAUCUUCUAUAAUUUGGUGUCAGGUUCACUAAACAAAACUAAGUCACUACUUGGUAAAAUCCUUUAUAACUAUUUCAGAACCUUAAAUACACCUUAGAUCCUUUCAAAGGAUGCAAAACAGGAAAGGCAUCAUUACUUCCUUGUCCUUCCUUUUCCUCUGUAAAUAAAAGUUCAAGUAUAAUGUAUAUUUCUUUUGGUUUUCCUGCAGCUUCUCCUCACCUUUCAAAAGAAAGAAUUUCUUCUGAGUUUCUCUUAUCCUAUUCAGGUUUGAUUAUUGGCUGGUACAAGAUUUUCACUUUAAAUUACUUUGCAGACAUGAACAUCCGUUAUCAACCAAAUAAUUAUUUACCUUUGAUGUCCAAGUUAUCUUCUCUUCAAUGUAGCUUUGAGGUAUUUUAUUUCAAUUUAUCAGUUUUAUGUUAAACUU